CGUCUGUCCAACAUGAAAACACACACCCUAACAUGCAACCCGGACACGAAACGCGCUUAGAAGGUGCGAGCUCUGGCGAAAGAAGGUACGAAAACAGCGCUUCCAGGUGAAGGCAGUACAGAGACCUGUCUAUUGACGAGAUCUCACUCUUCGGCAAUGAGUGGUUGACUAACUAUCAACCACACAGAUCCAACUGCGCAUGAUGGAGGCUGCCGGUCCGUCUGCUGACGAAGUGCGCCGCCUGCGCCAGAUGUGUAUCCACUCUCGCAGCCAGCACGACUCCCUCGUCGAGCCCUUUCUCGACUCAUUCCGAGACGUUCUCUUGCGCAUCAGCCUACCCAAGGGCGAGCAACGCCAAGGUCAAGACGAUGUCGCCCUCGCAGCCGCCCCCUCCCGCCCCUCGCCCUAUCCCAAACAGUUCCAUCGAGAUCUCGCGGAUGUGACCGACCGCAUCAUGGCGGCGGAUUCCGCGGUGCUUGGUUGGAAUUUCAGUAUGCUUCUCGCCCCCCUGCUGGCCCAUCUGCAGUCCCAGCGGCUGGUGGACUCUCUUGCCAGACCAGACGGGUGUCUGCCCGGUGACCUGCGUGUGCUGGAGGGCAUCUCGCGGGCUCUCGCGACGCUCAUUCGGCGUGCUGGCGUGCUGGGCGCCAUCUGUCAGCAGAUGGGUGAUGAAGGGAUGCAUCCACACGAUGAGGCGGGUGGUGCGGGGGGUGGUGGUGCCGACCGUCGGCUCAAGAUGCUGGGCAUAGUGGUGCCUCACGUGGCCCGCUGUCUGGAGAAUGCCAGCGUGCAGAAGGACGAGGUCUGCGUGUUGGCGCUCAUCGACCUGGCCGACGCCGUCAACCUCACUCUGGCCGGCUGCCUCAGCUCACUCGGCAAAGCCGAGGCCGACGGCCUGGUGAUGGCGCGAGAGCGGGUGCCUGGUGGUACCACCUCUGCACCACCCCCACCACCACCACCCUCUCCCGUGGCGAUUUUCGGCGUGUGGACGGGCAUCUUCAUCUCCCACUCGCUCGCCAUCUUCGCCAGCCUCCCGACACGCGCAGUGCGGCUGCAGAUCUGUCAGGCGCUGCAACGGAUCCCCGCUUUGUUUGAUGAUGGGGGCGCCAGAGGUGGCGGGGAGAAUGAGGCGGGGGCAGCAACAGCAGCGCCACGAGGAGCGGCCUACGAGGCGCUGUGCAACCUUUUCCCCUCUGUGGCCACACAUCUGAGCGGCUACCUCCGCUCGGCCGGUCACGUCGAGAGCACCUCCCCACUGGUGGCGGCCGCAAAUGCCCUCACCUCAUGGAUCGAUGCCGUCCUGAGAGACGACCGAGUGCGACCCUUCGCAGCCGAUGCGGCAGAGAGGGCGUGUCAUGACGGCAUGGCUGUCGAUGAGCUGAGAGAGGUGAUGAGAGGCUGGGCGGCUUUGGGGAGGAGGGAAGGGGCGGGUGGCGGUGGCGAGGAGGGGGGCAAGACGAGAAAGGAGGACGGCACGCUGCUGCUGGGCCCGGCGUGGGUCAGAGAGACCUCGGAAAACGUCAUGAAGCGAGUGGAGGUGAGAUAGGCAGAUGGGCGAGCAAGAAACGACAUAUGAAUCCGGUUGUGUCUCCUUUCAUCCCAUGUGUAUAUAUCUCAGUUGAUAUUCACCCGCCCCCCUCCCUCCGCCGGCGAGAGCCCUCGUCUGCGGCUGGCCCUCACCCAGCUGGCGGCAACACUCAUGACCAACUGCUCCGUCGCCAUGUGCUGCGCCGGCGGCCGCAAGACACCUACGACCACCAACAUCGUCGACACGCUCGACUAUCUUGUGUCGGCUUUGGGCGAUACUGACGAUUGUGUGGUGUCGGAGGCGAUGAGGGCGCUUAUGGGGGAGGUCGUGAGGGGGAAGAUGGAGAGAGAGGUGAGGGGCCGGAUGAGGGCGGCGAUCAGGGCGCUGAACGGGGAGGAACUGGCAAGUAAGUGCGGAGGGGGAAGUGUGGCGCCGUGAUGUGAUGUGUAAGUUGUGUUGUGUCUCUGUCUGCAGAUGAGGUGAAAGUCAAGGCGAAGCUGACCCCUCGGCUGACGCGCGUGCUGGGGUGGGUCAGCGACACAGCUGCCUCAUUCAUUGUCUUUUGACGGAUGCACCUUGUUGUUUUUACUAUCAGGUACGCCCGGCUGGCGCACGACCUCCGCAAGUCGAUGAGUGCUGGUGGCUCGAUGCCGCUGUCGUCCUCCUCGGCUCCCUCAUUCGACCUCUCAAUCGACGCGGAGGUCAUCUCCCAGCUGCUGGCUGUCACACAGCUGCACACGCCACCACUCAAGGUAGGCAACAAACACGGGAUGUAGCCAUGCAGACAGACAGACAGACAGACAGACACGUGGGGCACUCUCUGUCUGUCCUAUGGAUGCGCAUGCGGUCUUCAGUCGACGCUUCUCGACACAACCACGCUCACAUCGCUCCCAGCCAAAUCGGUGGGCGGGCAAUCGAUCACAGAUAGAUGGAUCGAUCUCGGUGCACCAUUCUGGCCGGCCACUGUGUGCAUUCCGCUUUGCUGCUGGGUGUCGCCCCUGUGUGUGGUCAUAUCAGAUAUCGGCAUCUGAGACAUCCGUCGAUCUGUUCCCCUACCGGCUGCCAGAAGACGAAGUGCUGCUGCCCGUCGACCUAGAACAGCAAACUGCGGCCGAAUGCUCAGAAAGCACACCAGAUGGGGAAGGGAGUUCUUCUCGUGGUGGUGGUGGUGGUGUGGUGUCGUGUGUGCGGGUGGGUCUGAUGGACGAGGGGCAGCCGAGGAAGUGGAUCGACAAGGCGCUGAAGCUGCCGCAGGGCGACAGAGAGACAAUCAGGUGCGAAGCUGUGCCUGCCUGCAUAGAUGGACGGAUGAGUGCUGUCUUAUCUAUCUGCCCUUGUCUGUCUUUGUCCUAUGCUGUCUGUGGUGCAGUUUGUUGGUCGAAACACUGGAAGCCCUGGUGUCCCAUGACGCGCCAUCCCUCCUCCUCUCCCUCGUCAGCCAUCCCCCCUGCCAGUGGCACACACAGCUCACCGACACAACCACCGCCAGCAACGACUGGUACCUCCCACAGCACCAGCACCCUCCCGCCCCGCUGCCCCUCUCCCACACGCGCAUGCACGCCCGCAUGGCGGCUCUCUACAUCCUCACCGUCGCCCUGGACCUGGCGGCCAGGCGGCCGUCGUCAUCGCUGCUGCCCCCAUGGCUGGUGCGGUGGUGUGCGGACCUGUGUGUGUCGACGGAGACCAUGCCGCGGGCGCUGGAAGCUUAUGGUGGGGGCACUGAUGGUGUGUGUGAGGGGAGGCUGUAUGGGCUGGUGUGGAUGGAGUGCCUCCGUGCGGCCAUGAAGGCCCUGCGCAGGUGUGAAGAGCAAGAGACCGACCAGAGGGGCAGGGGAAAGGGAGCCGUGCAUCGACAGGUGAGAGAGAGACAGAGUGAGUGUGCCCAUGAUCAGAUCAACCUUUCUCUCGGUGUUGUGUUGUUUGUUCAUCGGUCGGCUCGCUCAGGUGAAGCACAUUCUCUUCCCCUUGUUGGAGAGGCUGGGCAGCCACUCGCUCGUCACGUCCACCGCCGCACACGCCACUCUCAACACCCUGGCCCAGCUGCUGCAGACGAGGAGGGAUGAUGGCAAGAGCGGCAGCAGCACCGAAGGCGGCGAAGGCAUCCCCUGGCUGCUGGAGCACUACGCCGACUACCUCAUCGACACCAUCCUGCGGCGGAUCACUUACACACACCCCGAGGUCAGCACGCACAACAACACAGCCACACGCCACACCACACCACACACAGGCGUGUGUUGCUUGGUGCUUGGUGGGUGCAGCUGUUGUUCGUGUCAGUGGAGGCCUCUUCGCCGCCCCUGCUGGGCUUCCACGAGCACCAGGGCGGCCACACGGGCACCAUCCUGACCUCAAUCGUCACCUUCAGCACCCCGGCACUCGUCCCCUACCUGCUCGACAUCGUCACGGCCCUCCUCGACGCGCUGCCCCCAGACGGCCACCACGGCCGCUUCACCACCCCUGUGUGGGUGCUGCGUGUCUUUGCUGCAAUCACACGAAUGCUCGCCUCGGCCAUCUUCCAACAGAGGCUGGCGCGAAGGACACAGAGGGCGGCAGGGAGAGGACCGCGUCCAGGCAAGAGAGAUGAUGAAAGUGCCGUCGGGUACUCCCCCUUGUGCGGCGUGCUGAGUGGCGAGCGGCCUUACUGGACUGAGGAGCGGCGGGUUGACGGCUAUGAUGAGCGGGACCUGAAGGACGACCAGUGGCUGGACGAGGACCCACUCGAAGACCACCAAGACGACAGUGCAGACACGACGGGAGAAGGCGUCCACGAUCCGAGCAAGGAGCCUCCUGAUGCCGCACAGGGAGAGGCUGGUGUGGUGGAUUGGGUGUUGGGUGGGAAGGGCAGUGGUGGUUGGUCAGGGCGGCUGGGGGCUGGUGGUGACGUGUGGGGCGAUGGGGUGUAUGCCAAGGAGCGGUGGCUCGCCGACGAGAUCAUGGGCAGGGCCAGACACCACCUCAACAGAGACCCUAGGCAAGCUACCUAGCAGAUCAGCUGAGCGAGGGGGAGAGGAUUCAUCUGUGUGGGUGGUGUGUUGUGUCUGUCGGGUGUGUGUGUGUGUAGGUUGGUGGCUCGGUACCUGUCCCACCUGUGUGUGCUGCACGCGACCUCUGUCCUCUCGACGCGCAUACGGCAGCUCAAGCCGCGCAUCCAUGACGUAAGUAAAGUGUGCACAAAACAAGACGCUCGCUAGGGGCGGAUGACUGAUAGGCAGGCAGGCAGCUUGUGGUUCGUUCGACCGGUCGGUCAUGUCAUGUAGGUGUGGCCAUCGUUGGUGCCGUCAUUCCACCUGUCGUCUCCCGUGCCCAUCGUGACGGUGGCCUGUCUGCUGCUCAAACACACUGCCCGCAUAUCGGGCGACUUCCUCAGAAUGAGGUGCGGGUGGGGUGCGUGUCAGUCAGUCAGUGAGGGAGGGAGGGGAGAGGGAGGGGAGUGCCGCCUGUUCUCUCUCUCUGUUUGUGGCCAUGCAUGAUUCAUUUCGUUCGUCAGGUUUGGCAAUGACAUCUUGCCUCUGUUGAUAAAGCGGCUGGGUGCAUCCCCGCCAGCCUCCGAGGAGGACUCCCGGCUGAAGAGCAACGCCUUCAAGUGAACAAACAAAUCACUCACGAGCAAGAAGCGAAGCACACACACGCUCUUUCGUGAAUGUUUUUGUCCCUUUCCUUGUGGUGUGGUGUGUACCUAAACCCAUCUGUCUGUCUGUCUUUGUGUGCAUCACAUCAAACAAACAGGUUUCAGUAUGCCAGUUGGGACCUGCUGUCGUUGAUCGCCAGAGAGCCCUCCCUGCUGGCCACGUCCGUCCCCCAAGUCACCCUCACCGCACUCAGCGCCCUCCGCACCCACCCCACGACGGCAGCAGCCAUCAAGACACUCAUCCUGCGCCUGUUCGACACACUCGUCGCCACACACGCCGACACCAUCGACCUCCUCUGCAACACGGUGCUCGAACCAUCGGACCAGGACAGUGACACCGCCGCUUUCUUGGCUGAGCUCGGGUGGCGGGGGGGGAGUGGGGGCGAGAUUGACAGAGAGGCGGUGUGUGGAGUGUUGGGGCGUGUGAGGGAGGAGGAGAUGCGCCUGAGGGCGCGGAUACCUCCGUCGAUGAGUGGGCAGACGUUCGUCGACUUCUUGAGUAGUGCCCGCAGGCAGUGAGUGACGACAAGAGCAGAGCCGCAGGCAGCGCAGAGACAGAGAGAUGCCAGUGGGGCAGCCAGCGGCUUUGUAUGAAUGUAUGUAUGUAUGUGUAUCUCUGUGCUCGUUUGACCUGCGCCGGCCGCGCCACACAUCAACAUGACGGCGA